GACAUUAUUUCCGAUAGAAGACUUUCUCGUCUCGAACUUCUGCAUCUGUUCCGUCAACCUUCACCUUAAAAACAUUGACGACCUUCACCUUGUCAACAACCAUGGCUUCCGGUGAUGAUGAAAACACAAUAGGGACGAGGUGUCCAGAGUCAGAUGAGGAAGAGGAUGAUGGUAUGUGGGAUGAUGAUGGAGAGGAAGAAGGAAUGGAGAUGCUGAAGGGGCCAGUCAGGUGCUUGUUCUGUGAUGGUAUCCUUCAGAGUGUGGACGAGGCUUUCUGUCACUGCCGAGACAUGCACCAGUUUGAUAUACUGCAGAUAGCUAGACGCUUCAGCCUGGACUGUAUUGGUUACAUCAAAAUGAUCAACUACAUCAGAAAACAGAAGCCAAGUCUGUCUUCUCUGAGCAGUUUGACAGUCCCAGUCCCGUGGGCCAGUGAUGACUUCAUGCAGCCGUCCGAUCCUGGCGAUCUGCUGUUACAGUAUGACAUAGAGUCCCUGGACACCAGUGAUACACAGUCGGCUGCAGAACAAAGGGAGACAACCUCAGCCACAAGCGGCACUGCAGAGCUGGAACAGAGAGCUGUGACAGCUGAGGUUCGGGCCACACAGGCUGAGGAGGAACUGAGAAGAGCUGUUGCAGAUUUGGAGAGAGUUAGAUCUUUUAUGAAGACUUUAAUGUCAACUGAACCAGAGGUGAAGGUCACACACAUAGCGCCGUCUAUACAGAGUCUGAAGGCGGAUGAAGAUGAGGCAUACUUCUCUUCAUACUCUCACUUUGGGAUUCAUCAGGAGAUGUUGAAGGACAAGGUACGUACUGAGAGCUAUCGUGACUUGAUGCUGAAGAACAAAGACUUGUUUGCUGACAAAGUUGUCUUGGACGUGGGGUGUGGGACAGGAAUCUUGUCCAUGUUUGCUGCACAGGCUGGCGCCAGACUUGUCAUCGGUGUCGACCAAUCAGAAAUCAUCUAUCAAGCUAUGGACAUAGUUAGGGAGAAUGGUCUCAGUGACAAGGUGACGUUGUUGAAAGGGAGACUUGAAGACGUGAAGCUGCCAGUGGAUAAGGUGGAUAUCAUCAUCUCGGAGUGGAUGGGGUACUUUUUGCUGUUUGAGUCUAUGCUGGACUCGGUGCUGUACACGAGAGACACGUAUCUGAAGGAGGAUGGAAUCGUGUUUCCAGAUAGGUGUACUAUAUCCCUCAUUGGGUCAGGUGACCUUGACCUUCAUGGCCGACACAUCACUUUCUGGGAUGAUGUAUAUGGUUUCAAGAUGUCCUGCAUGAAGGCAGAAGUGAUACAUGAGGCCAUUGUGGAACUGGUAGAAGAUAGUGGAAGUAUCACUCAGCCAUGUGUUGUCAAGGAGCUGGAUGCCUGUAGAUGUUGCCUUAAUGACCUCCAGUUUGAGGCGCCAUUUUGUCUGACCUGCACACAUGAUGGCUGCCUAUCAGCGAUAGUAGGCUACUUUGACAUCUUCUUCGAGAAGGGAUGUAAUACAAAGGUGAGCUUCUCCACAUCGCCGGGGAGUCCAGCCACACACUGGAAGCAGACCGUGUUUCUCCUGGACAAACCCAGGACUGUAAGGAAAGGAGAGAAGUUAGAGGGCAAGGUCAUCUGUAAGAAGAACCGGAAGGACCCACGAAGUCUCGUCAUUACAAUCGACCUGGCUGGUGUCAGACACAGAUAUAUCAUGGAAUAAACCAUUUAUGUUAUCAA